AUGGCGGACGAGGAGCGUGAUGGAGACGGCAUUUUAUCUCUUUCCGAGCUCCGGGGCAGACCUUUUCCGGUGUUCAAGGUGAAAACUUUGACAGUGGAGACAAUGAUCUCUCAAUAUGUAACUCCUGGCAUAAUAAGAGUGUUACAAAACUCACCUGAAUUGAAGAAGCUAAUUAUUGUGGUACAAGAGGAGUUAAAUGAUCAAUACAUGGAUUCUCAUGGCUUGCUUCCAAAUCAAUGCUGGAGAUUGAAAGAGAGGGAAUUCGAGAAUAUCUUUCGUUGGAAUCUAGAGCCAAAGCACAUGGCUUCGUUCAUGGAGCUCAUGCUUAAAACCACAAAGACAUUAGAAAAGAUGGUCACAAGGUUGGUAGGUUUGCUUCAGAUGGUCCCAAGGCUUUCCCACGACAACAAUGUCUCCAUUGUGCUUAGCUCAACCAAGUCGAAUUAA